UUUAAGCCGGAUUUCGUGGUCUAUUCCAUAUCGAUUAAUGUGAAGUGCAUCUCGGUGCUUGGCGAGUUCAAAAAAUCCACAAAUUACUCGGCAAUAGAAUCAGAUAAAGUAAAACUCGGCAAGCAAAUGCGAGCAAUCUACAAUGAACUUGUUUUGUAUCGAGUUCCAAAUCCCGUUGUCUGUGGCAUCAUCUGCCAAGGAGAUGACAUAUUCACCUACUAA